AUGGAAAAAGAAGACAGUGAGUGGACAGAGGAAGAAAAGAAGAAGGUUAAACUCAAUGCAAAGACAAUCAACCUGAUGCACUACACAAUCAGUUUUGAAGAAUACAGAAAAGUGUCAAGGUGCAAGACGGCCAAAGAAAUAUGGGACAAGCUCAGACUCACCCAUGAAGGCACUAAACAAGUGAGGGAGACCAUAAUUGAUAUGCUGAUGAAGGAGUAUGAAAUGUUCAACAUGAAGGAGGACGAGAGCAUCGAUCAAAUGUUCGAAAGGUUCUCAAUAAUCAUCAACAAUCUGGAUGCCAUGGGGAAGAGCUAUUCUGAAGAAACCUUGGUAAGGAAGAUCUUGAGGAGUCUUACUAAGAAGUGGGAAGUAAAAAGCACAGUCAUCUCCGAAAGGAAUGAUUUGAUCAAAAUCACCUAUGAUGAGCUAAGAGGCAAGCUGCUAGCCUAUGAAACUAUUCACAUGUCUCAAGACAAAGAUGACAAAAAGAAAAGUGUAGCACUGAAAUCAAGAAUAACAGCCAAAGAAGAGGAAUUUGAUGACAGUUUCUCAGAUGAAGAAAUGGUGCUCUUUGCAAGAAAAAUGAGAAGAUUCCUGAGAUUAAAAAACAAAGGCAAAGGAAGUUCUUCAUCCAAAGACUUUAAGAAAGAUCAAGCCAAGUUCACAUAUCACCACUGCAAGGAACCGGGUCACUUCCAGUCAGAUUGCCCUCAACUAAAGAAAAGCGAAAAAUCAAAGAAAGACAAAAAGAAAGUGAUGAUGGCAACAUGGGAAGACUUGGAGAACAACACUAGCUCUGAAGAUUCAGACCAAGAGGCUCAAUUAUGCUUGAUGGCUGAUCACGAUGAUGAAGAUGAGGUAGAUCUCUCUGACCUUUCUAUUGAUGAAUUGCACUACAUUAUCAAAGACAUUAUUGUGAACUCUAAGAAACUCUUAGAUAAAUAUGUCAAAUGCAAGAAAGAAAAUAAAGCAUUGAGAGCAGAAAAUGAUUUUUUGAAAAAGGCUAAGGCAACCAAAGCUUAUGGGUUAAAGCAUAAUCUAUUGAGCAUAAGUCAAUUGUGUGACCUUGGAUAUGUUGUAACCUUUAGAAAAAUAGAUUGUAGAGUCAUAAAUGAGAAAAUAGGGACUGUUCUAUUUGUUGCAAAAAGAAGUGACAAUGUUUAUGGUCUCACACUAGAUGAUCUUAAAGUUUAA